AUGCUGUUCGCUGUUGUUAUUGUUAUUUUAAUUCCAAGUGUUACCAAUGGCAAUUUUUGGAAAAUUCGCGAAUCGCUUAUAGCGCAAGAGCGAAACCGUAUGCUAGGUGCAUCAAUUGUAUUAAAUGGGAAAGAAGAAAAGGCCAACAACCUGUUAAUGUCCUACAAACUGCAGGAGCUCGAUGUGGCUUACCAUAAUCCGGAAAAUUUCGCACCGAGUAAGUAUUUCGUGAGAGCUCGUGCUCAGAUUGAAAGCUCGCCAGUGUUCAAGCUAAUUAAAACAAUGCCAAAAGGUGGUGCGCUACAUGGGCACAGUACGGCACUAGCCACUCCCGAUUUUCUGUACUCCCUCACUUACAGAGAUAACCUGUUUGUUUGUAUGCAGGGUGGCACAUUCCAGUUACGAUUUAUGCAGUACCCAGACGCGAAGUGCAAAUGGACACUCAUCAGCACUUUAAGGGGAAUAGAUGCGAAUUUUGAUGAGUGGUUGCGUUCACAAUUUACAAUGUACCACGAGAAUGAUAUCGACAUAUACAAAAACAAGACCCAAAUUUGGUUGGUGUUUGAGAAAACUUUUUCGGCUAUUAAGGGGUUGGUAACUUACAGACCCAUUUUUGAAGAAUAUUUUUACGAAGUCCUCAGGCUACUUUUUGAGGAUAACGUAAUGUAUUUAGAAUUUCGAAGUACACUACCUGAAAUGUACGAGCUUAACGGAUCUACGUACAAAUCGGAGGAUACGGUGCGAUUUUACGAUGAUGUCAUUGAAAAAUUCAAGCGUACGCAUCCAAAAUUUGUGGGCGCACGCCUUAUUUACGCCCCUGAUCGAGACAACAAUAAUCAAACAUUUAACAAUAUCGCCUCUAUCCUCCUCAAUGUGAAGGUCGGCCACCCAAAGAUUUUGGCGGGCUUUGAUUUGGUCGGCCAGGAAGAUCUUGGAGCGCCUCUACUGUCAUACUUGUGGGAGGUGAAGAGGAUUGCAAAGUUAGGUAUCGACGUCUAUUUUCACGCCGGUGAGACAAACUGGUAUCAAAGUAACAGCGAUUAUAAUGUAAUUGACGCCAUUCUGUUGGGCUCGAAGCGUAUCGGUCACGCGUUGGGCUUAAUCAAGCAUCCGGUUGCAUUGGAAAUGAUCAAGGAAAGAAAUAUCGCCAUUGAAGUAUGCCCAAUCUCGAACCAAAUGCUUUUGUACGUCGACGAUCUGCGGAAUCAUCCGGCGUCAUUUCUAAUUGCGAAUGGAUUUCCAAUUGUAAUAAGCUACGAUGAUCCCAGCCUUUGGAACGUUACGGGAUUAAAUAUCGAGAUGUGGUAA